AUGUAUUCUCGCGCCCUCGCUCUGCUCCUAGCCGUGGCUCAAGCUCUUCCACCUCUCAACUCGCUCACCGACUCUGCCGUCGCUCUCUCCUCUCAACCGCAAUCUCCUCUCUCGCAAUUAUCCAUCUCGCUCUCUUUUGACCUAGGCCCCACUCUAAUCUGCCCCCCAUAUGAAGGCUUCGUCCGGACCAUCAACGGCCGCGCAUACCAUCUCUACUGCUUCAACGCCGCCUAUGGUGCCUGGGCUUGGCUGCCAGCGUCCAAGAGCCUGGCAGAGUGCGAGGCGCACUGCCAUGCCGGCAGCCUAGACUGCAAUGGACUGACGUGGUUCCCUCUAACGACAGCGUGUGCGGUAGUGUACUCAAAGGACGCGCUCCCCUACAUCUGGGACAACGGCUACCAAAAGGUCGCCGCCGUCCCGCUCAACCACACUAGCGCCGCGUUCGGACCUGGCAUGCUGUGCCCCCUCCCCGGCUCCGACAACCAAGUGUGGGCAUUUGACCCACAGCUGCCGACGCCGUUUUCGCCGUCAUCGCUCGAUCCGCUCACCAGAAAUCCAGCAACGUCUAGGUUCAAACUCUCUUGCACGAACCAGUUUGCUGUUCCCCCGACUGCCAAAAAGCCUAUUGGUGAUGUGCUUAGCGUAAACGAGUGUGCGCUAGCUUGUAUGAAGGAUGCAGCGUGUGCGGGCUUCCAUUUCUACUGGCCGUAUUUCCCCGGUGGGCCGGUCAAUGGGCGGAGGACGUGCGAGUUAGUUAUUGGUGAGGUGGGGGAAGGAAAUUGGACCGCUAUUGACAAGCCGAACAAGUACUUGAGCGGGUUGAAAGUGGGAGGCGGGGAAUGUGGGGAUGAAGGGUGGAAUCGGGAUGGGAAAGGAAAAGGGGUGGAAGAGGACUAG